AUGUAUAACCCUAUAAAAACAUUAAAGACCAACACUAUUGGGACAUUAAACAUGCUGGGGUUAGCUAAGCGUGUUGGAGCACGGCUGCUGCUGGCCUCCACAUCAGAGGUAUAUGGAGAUCCUGAAGUUCACCCUCAAAAUGAGGAUUACUGGGGCCAUGUGAAUCCAAUAGGUCCAAGAGCUUGCUAUGAUGAAGGGAAGAGGGUUGCAGAGACCAUGUGCUAUGCAUACAUGAAACAGGAAGGAGUUGAAGUGAGGGUUGCCAGAAUAUUCAACACUUUUGGUCCUCGAAUGCAUAUGAAUGAUGGCAGAGUUGUCAGUAAUUUUAUCCUACAAGCUCUCCAGGGAGAACCACUAACAGUCUAUGGACCUGGAACUCAGACAAGAGCUUUCCAGUAUGUCAGUGACCUCGUGAAUGGGUUGGUGGCAUUGAUGAACAGCAAUGUCAGUAGCCCUGUCAACCUGGGAAACCCAGAAGAGCACACUAUCCUAGAAUUUGCCCAGUUAAUUAAAAAACUUGUUG